CCUAUGGCAUGAUAAUACGGUUUGUACCAUAUAAAGGGACAAACCCCUUUAUCUGCACACAGCAGCAGUUUUUGUGUGGACCGGUCAAGAUGAAGUUGUUGGCACUAUGUCUACUUCCUGUCGUGCUAUGUGCACCUCUAGAUCAGAAGAGAUUCAUCAUUCCGGGACUUAAUAUCAGUUCCAUAUUUGAUCUUGAUACUUUGAAAUGUGACGUGCAGAUCUUGCUUGACGUUGUGGGAACGGACCCCGCUGAACAGGCGUGCGAGACCGAAUGUCAUAAAUUAAUAACAGACGGAAAUGUUCUCAAUCACGGUUGCCCACUCGUCUGCCAUUCAGUGCAGAAUCUAGCGCAUUAUUUCCAUGAGACACCGAAACCAGGGGAUGCAUCUCUACCAUGUGGCGGACUUGGACGAAAAUAAGAUUGUUUCUCUUUGUAAUGGAACUUGAAUGUAAUACAAAGUCCUUCUUGGUGUAA